AUGACAAUGGAAGAUCGCACGGGUGGCAUCGACCGUGCCGCCCCCGCGUCAUCGACUACGGCGACAACGGCACUUUUGACAUCUAAUAGUCCGUCAAUGAUAAGUGAUGUCACGUCGGAUGCAUCUUAUCCGCUUCAACGUGCCAGUAAGCGUUCGUUCGACGUUGCAUUUCUCGUUGCACCGGAUGAAAAUCUUGCCCGUAGACAAAGCGAGAAAUUAAGGCUUAUUUCUAGUAGAAAGGAUCGUACGAGAGAGUCCAUCACUUUGGACAAUUCUUUGGAUGGUAAUGAUAGAUUACCACAAAAUUUGACUAUUAAACAUUACGACAGCGAUUCUAGUUCACAAGAAAGGAGAAGAUUGAUGCAUUGUACGGAAAAUUCUCUCAGUCCACCUUACGUAUCACCGAGAACAUUAACGCCAACAUUACCGGACAUCGAUUCACGAAGAUACGUUCCAACCCGAUCGCAAAAGAGUCCAAGUCCACCUGGAUUUACUACACAACAAGCUUUAUUGAGUACAUGCACGGAUUCCUUGGAUCCUAGUUUAACUUGCGGCAAAGUUUACGAUAACAGCUUGCAGUGUCCCGUUGAUAGACACGGGGGCGAAUCGAGGAGCGCAUUCACUAAGGUUCAUCUUGGCGUUCAAAGAAAUGGUUUUACCGAUGACGGACAAACGUCACCGAGAUCGUCAAUAUCGCCUGACGAUCGAAGGGAAGGUUAUCAGGAAAGCGUUAGUCCACCGGUUGUUCCAUUAGCUAGUGCGGCUACUUACAAAUAUGCCAGUUUUCCUAGUAAAAUGACGUAUCCAUUUUUGGUCGGUCCCGAGACGGCCAAUCAACCGAGUCUUUUGGAAAAUUUGAAAAUUCCACAAAUAGCACAACCACCUAAAGUUCCAAGCCCAAAAGUGGCAACCUUUCGACCAGAUCUACCACCGGUUUAUCCAAAUCUUCCGUACAAUCCUAUAUCCGUUUUUCCACCAAUGGCAGAUGCUUUGACAAGGCCAAGGUUCUUAGCAACUGCCGCUGGUGUCGCUGGCCUUUUACCACCGUCAUUCGCUGCUUUGACAUUACCCGCGCAAAAUGUUUGUGCAAAGUGUAAUCUUUCGUUUCGCAUGACCUCCGAUUUGGUAUAUCACAUGAGAUCUCAUCACAAAAACGAAAAUUCCGGUGAAGCUGCACGUAGAAGGAGGGAAGAAAAAUUGAGAUGUCCGGUUUGUGAUGAAAGUUUUCGCGAGAGACAUCAUUUGACCAGGCACAUGACUGCUCAUCAGGAUAAAGAAAGCGAUGCUAUCGUAGAUCAGGUCGAGGUCAAACGACGUACCACCACAGUUCACAGCAAGUGA